AUGACAUUUACACCUCUAUACACCCUUCCUAAUGAGAUCCUCGUCCAAAUCCUAAAUCCCCUCGCAACCCGCGCCCUCCUCCCACUGGCCAGUGUAUCGCAUCGCUUCCACGACGUUGUUCUUCGCAUCCUCCACUACCGUCUCCUCCUCAUCUCAUCCCUAAAAGACUAUACCCUCUUACUCGAAUGCUUCCAUCCCGUCUCCAAACUCACAGAUCCGCAUUUCUUUUGCACAUACAUCGGCACACCCGGUUUGAAUGAUAAAUAUGAGGGCAAGGGAUCAUUGUAUGAGGGCUGCAAAAGUGCAGAGUACCUGGGGCGGCUCUCGAAUGUUUACUCGUGUUUCCGGCCGGAAAUUGAUACUACUGCAAUACAGAAUGACGAUACAAUUGACGAUGACCACGACAACAAUGAACCGGAAGGCCAGCCACUAGUCAAAAAAGAAGUCAACCUCGACGGAUUGGAGGACUUUUCACAAUUAUGCUCGAUUGUGAAUUUGGUCAAGAUUAUGCCCAAUAGCAGGAUACUUAUUAGUGCUGUGACGGUUGAAGAUGGGAUUAUUCGUGUGUGGAGGGAUUGGCUGAAACGGAAAGCAAAGAAGGACCAACACGAUGCUACAACGAAUAUGCAACGAACGGAUGAUGAAGAUGACGUGCUAUGGGUGAAUAAUGAAAAGACUGUGGGUCUGAAGUUGCGAGUGAAAGAGAAGAAGUGUAAUCGACCGAUGUUACCUGUGUUGAUGCACCGGGAUGAGGAGGAGGAGGAGCCAGUUAGUUAUGAGGUCGAGAUCGAAGAGUUGAGAAUACGUACGACUCGUCUGCUUUUGACUGUUGAAAAGUCUGUUUCUGAGCAGCAGUCAUAUCCAAAUGCUGUUAUUAUUGGGUCGAGGCAUAUAUUUCCGCCAGCUUAA